UGUUGUGCAAAGCUGAUAACGCGCGCGAUUAAUUUCUCAUAAACGUAUGUAUAUAUGCAAUUGUAUAAUCUCAUUUUCUAAACUAUUGUUGAAAACUAAAUUAUUAAUAAUGAAUAAACAUGUGAUGAGUAUAAAGAAAUAUUAUACCAAUAUACAAUAUGAAAAUGAAGAUAAGAUACUGGAAUCAUUAGUACACAUACAUUAUUUAUCUGUGGACUAUUUUUUAUCUUUAAAUUCAUUUGAGGAAAUUGACGAUCUCGCACAUAGAUUCCUAAAUAUAGCAUCACUAAUGGAAAAGAAUUUGAAUUAUUUUAUGUCAGUUUGCGAACAUGUAGAUAUAGUUCUCAAUAUUCUUGAUUAUCUCUAUUAUUAUGGUGCGAUUUUUAUGCUUGAAAGUGAAACUGAAAAUAACAACCUUUAUUUAAUCAGGUGUAUAUUACUUACAAUCUACUAUAUGUAUCAAGAUAAUGUUAUCAGCACAUUUUUGGAAAGUUUUAUUACAGGGCAAGAAUUGAAGUUGUAUUAUGACUAUAAAAAUGUCCUACAUACAUAUCUGCAGGUUGAAAUAAUAGUUUGUGAAGAUUCAGAUUUACAUGCAGUUAUUACCUAUUUGAAACUUAAUAGUGCUGUAUCUUGUUUAAAAAAAAUUUGGGUCCAAAAAUCAAUAAAAGACACUUUUAUGUGGCAUUUAAAUAAAAAUGUUGGAUAUUUGAACGUUCCCAUUAAAAUAUUUCAAUUGAAGCAAGAAUUAAUUACACCUAAUAAUGAAUAUAUAUUUAAUGAAACUUGUAAACUAAAUGUUGUAUCUAUAUGGUCAGAAAAUAUUACAGCCGCAAAAAAUUUAGCAAGAUCUUUAAAUCAACAUAUUGCAUUUAUAAAUACUUACAUGGAUGUUUGUCGUAACGUCGUGAUUCCGUUUGAAGAUAUAUUUCGUGCGCAAUUCACAUUUGGGUCUUUAUUUUUACACAGAAAGAUGGACAAAUGUACAAAGGCUCCAAUUAAUCCAACUGCGCAUGAAGGUUUAACAUAUAAUUUGUUUUAUAAUGACAUGUGGCAGAAACCUAAACAAAAUACAUAUUGGAUACAUGAGAACAUUUUAUUUGCAAAUGCAACUAGGGAAGAUAUUAUAGAGUGUGUUAAAUCAGCUACAAGAGGAUUCAAAAAUUUAAGUACUAUGUCUGAUAAUUCUAAAAGGCAAAUGUUAUCUAAGUUUGCAACCAUAUUAGAAUGCAAUGAUGAAUUUGAAUUGUCCAAAGCAGUAUCUAAAUGGCUAAAUAUGUCAUAUGUGUAUGGAAAAAUGUCAUUUUAUAAUAAAACUGAAAAAUUUGAAACAUUGAGAGUUUUCAGAUCCAAAAUUGUUAUUCUUAAGGAGAAAGAUGGCAUUACUUUGUUUCAAGAAUUAACGCAAAAUUUAAUUAUUGGCAAUUCUGUCAUUGUAAUAUGUAAUCCAGAUUUAUGUAUUCUAGCACCAUAUUGCAACAUGUUUAAAAUGUGUGGCAUACCUUCGGGUACUAUAAAUCUCUUGUCAAUUAAAAAUACAGAGUAUAUUAAUAAUUCUCCUAAUUUAUUAAUUUCAACGCUAUCUCAAGCAAUUGCAGCGUUUACUGUAGUGCAGCAUAUCUUAAUUUGUCAUAAUUAAUUUUAAUAAAAUAAGACAUAAGAUAUAGAUAUGGUAUGUUUAGUAUAAUUCUGUACUGUUAUAUAUAAGU